AUGUCUGACGCAAAAGCUACCGGCGCCCAGCCCAACCUCGCCGCUUUGGCAAGCAAGAACUCGCAGGCCGUCCGCCGACGAGCCGCACAGCAGGCCGCAGCGAAACCCAACUCGACACGCGCCGCCGGUGCCGGUGGAUCGUCGUCGACCAUGAUGCGCCUCUACACCGACGACAGCAAGGGACUCAGCGUCGACCCCGUCGUCGUGCUCGUGCUCUCCAUCGCCUUCGUCUUUUCCGUCGUCUUGCUUCACAUCAUUGGCAAGUUCAUGCGAUGGUUCGCCAAGUAA